AUGUUCAGUCAGAAGCUUGUGAGCCAGGGGAACAUCCGUUUGUUCUCCACAUCCAGUGCUGCUGCUGGUAGAGUCGGUUGUUCUCUUGUGAAACCAGUUCAUCAUUUGAUCAAGAUUGACAAGAACAAAUUAUCACCAAGAUUCCCAGAAUUGAAUCUAGAGAAAAAUGAUAUUAGAAACCCUGGUUUUAGACCAGUUGCUACUCAUCAAGAUCGUGUUGCUGAACAUUAUACAAACACUUUACAAUCCGAUUUAUUAUUAAUGAAUUUCCAACAUAAUCAAAGACGUAAAGAAGGUUUAAAAAGAAGACAAUGGGAUGGUUCUUCACCAAAUCAUCCUUCUCGUACUUUAAGAAAACCAAAAGGUUCAGAAGUGGAAACUCCAGAUAUUAAAAUCUAUACUGAUAAAAACAUUCCAAUAAUUGAAUCAAUAACGUUAAAUUGUUAUACAAAAUUAGCAAAAGAUAAUGCAAAUCAUGCAAUUUCUGCUGCUUUACAAUUACAACAAAUUACAAAUUGUAAACCAAAACCUUUACAUUCAAGAAAAGAUGUUAUCGCUUGGGGUGUUCGUAGAGGUUGGUUAAUGGGUGCAAAAGUUGAAUUAAAAGGUAGACCAUUAUCACAAUUUUUAUCAACUUUAACAGAAAUUGUAUUCCCAAGAAUUCGUGAAUUUAAAGGUCUUUCAUCAAGAGCUGGUGAUAAAACUGGUAAUCUUUCAAUGGGGUUAACUCAUGAAGAAAUUAGUUUCUUCCCAGAAAUUGAAUCAAAUCAAGAUCAAUGGUCAAAAACUUAUGGUAUGCAUAUUAAUAUUAAAACAACCGCUCAAACUGAUACUGAAGCUAGAAGAUUAUUAAGUGCUUAUGGGUUCCCAAUUCAUGGUACUGAAAGAAAAAAUGCAUUUUAA